UCCUGUGAAAUGAAAGCAUGAGUUCAAAUCCAGAAAAAUUUGUUGAAUUAUUACAUAUUUCGGUGGGGCAAACACAGAUUCGUUAUUUCUGCCUCUCUAGUAGUAUUGAAAAAGAUCCCCCCAUAAUCCUAUUCCUUGGAGCAGAUGUCGUGACUGGUUCAUCAGUGCCUUCAAAGCAUCGAGAUAGAAUUCAUCACAGGUAUGGAAAAGAUGGUCUUGCUACAAAGGUUGAUUGGAGUGAUACACAAGUUCUGCAUGUCAGAAAUUCAACCAGACUCUGGUUCUACAAUAUCCAGGGAUUAUUCAAAGUAGCCUUUGAAUAUCAAGAUGCGGUCUUUCAAAGGGACUGUCUUCUCUUCCUGAGGGAGGCAUGGUUGAAGAGGAUGGAGGAGCCCCCUUUGAAGGAACAACUGUCACUCACAUGGCAAGAUACUCUGACUCACCAAGGUGUGGCUCUGUCAUUUCCAGUGACGUGUGCUGACAUGUCUUCAAUGUCGACUUCAAAAUGUUCUGAUGAGAAGUCACAGGACUGCAGCAAUACCCAAAGAAUAUUUGGUAUCCGUGUUACAAGUGAAGAAGGUGAAGAGAAUGUAGAACAGAGUGUUGUUCAACUUCCUGACAAAGAAGUUGAGACAGACUUUCAAAAUCUCCCUGUCAGUUUGUCUUCUGUGAUUCCAAAGCCCUGUCUAGAUUCUAGAGUUGAACAAACUACCAGUUCAAAAAUGUCGACUUGUCAAAGACAAAGUGAAAUGGAAUUAUGCAAGGACUCCAGUAUCAGCAGAAUUCUAUUCAGUUGUACUGAUGAAGUGAAAACAGCCACAUCAAAUAUUUCUAGAAGUUUUAAAGGUGGUGAAGUUUCUCCUGAAUUCGUUGCUACAUGUAGCGAUUUGGGGAAUGAUUUGUCUUUGAGUGCCAAUGAGGAGGACUGCUCUGCUGUCAUAAAAAAUCUGGAAGGUCAUGUGAAAGAUCUUGUAAGAAGUCAUAAGGGACUGCGUCAUGAACUCUUCAAGCAAUUACUCCUGGUUAUAAAGCUGAUUUCAUGUGACCUCAACGGUAUCAUGUCUGCAACUGACACAUUCCCUUACUCUGUAAUUAAGGAUUAUGUCGAAUCUGUCACCGAUGACAAAAGAAGAGGACAAUUUCAAAAUGGGUUUCAAAUCUCUGUUGAAAAGAACAUUGUUCUGACUUUAUUCUCUGAAUGGCUUGGUCAUCAGAAUGCCAAUCUCCAGGAAGUCAUCAACCAGAAAGCUGAAUCCUUCAAACUGUCCCACAUAAACUGUAUUGAUAAUCUACCUCCUUCGAAUGAUAUAAUUGAUGAAGUCUUUCCUCCGCAUAUGAAGGUGCUGUUUUCUCAAUGGAUGAUGACUGGGGAAGGUCAAGUUGAGAUACCUGUUGAGAAGAAGGCGAGACCAGUGAAGAGUUCUAGGGGAGUUUUCCCUUUCAUUUUACUGAUUCUUGAGUUUGCUAAUGGGACAUUUAUAUCUGGAGUUUCUCAUGUUAUACAUGCCAAAUUGGUUCAUGUUGUCUAAACCUGUUGUGA